AUGACAUUUAGCGGGCCGGACCAAAACCAUUUGCCCUUCUCAUCAGCCAACGCAGUCGAUUCGGAGGUCGCGCCUACAGCCGGAGUCUACCGACGACUGUUGAAUUGCGCCAGCCGACGUCUUCUCAACCUUCUGCAGAGUCAGCACGCGCCCCAAGUGAUCUCGAGUCUUAUGGCUCAACAAAUCUCUCCUCUGUCUGCUCUGAACCGCUCGGUCGGUACUGUCGAGGACAACACCCUGCGCACAUUCCUUGUGGCUCUUCGCGAGCACGCAUUUCAACUGCAGGACGUAUCUUUGGCCUGGCAGGCCCAGGAUACCCUGCACCUCUUCCGGGCUCUUCAGUGUCACUGGCCCCAGUAUCACCGAAGUGCCGCAAACCACUCUGAUGACAUCCGCGCCAGCGAUACCCACUCUGCAGCCUGCUGUGCCUCCUCCUCUCCACCUCGAUCACCUCCUUCCUCAACCUCCCGCGGCCGCGGA